AUGGACCAACACACGACGGUGGUUGAGACCUGUACCUGGCUAUUCCCGUGCGCUCGUCCAUCUCGAGCUUUGGGACUGCACCUUUUGACUCCCUUAACCUCCGAAGGCUCCUCAGAAACUCCCAAAUUGGAAACCUUCAUCUACCAACGCGGUUGGACGAAGAGAAAGGACUGGGUCCUGAAAGCCUCGGACCUGAGCCAAGCACUUCAAUACACAUCUCAGACCCUGACCUCUCUUGAACUAUCCUUCAGUCGAAGUGAUCGAAGGAUACACGAGGACCUGUAUCUUCAGCCUCUCAACCUCACGGAUCUUGUUAAUUUGAAGAGACUACGAAUAUCGGGCGGGUAUCUUGUCCAGAGUGAAGGAAAAUUGGAAUUACUUGAAGGUAGUUACUGGCGGCUAUAUGACCCGGAGGGAGCAUUCAACAGCUCGCUGCCUUUCCACAAGCUGCUUCCCAAAUCACUUGAGGAGCUGCACGUCUUCCAAAUCCACGAUGGUCUCGAGUUCAUACUCGUGUGUGAUAAGUUAUGCCAAAGUCUCCGAAGCAGAACAGUGCCCAAUUCAUCGGAGCCUCACCAAUUCCAACACCUCAACGAGAUCAUAAUUGAGGCCCCGUCGAGGACAAAGAUGUGCGUUCUUAUUUGA